CAGUUGAACAUGUCGGCCUGCCACACUGCAUGAUGAUUGAAGCGAGGCUCUGUCCCACAUACCCGUUUAACCACCCGGUAUAUUGAUUCUAUUGCUGUUUUGAUUGUGGAAAAUAUACAUAGGCAUACAAGAGAGUCGGGAAACGCAUACAAUACCCAGUGCGGUUAUACAACGCUAUUCAGUUUAACGGUAGCUGACUACGUAUUUCGUGACGCACUGCAUAGUGGACUGGGUGUGACGGAAUGCCGGCUUGUUGAGACCUAACCGCUACUGAAACAACGCCUUGGAAGGCACAGGUGAUACGUAUACAAUCCAUGCUUAGAGGCUUCACCUUCAACAUCAGAGAUGACGUCCCCACAGCAAUACCUAAUUGUGGCAGGAUUUUGUCUACUUAUCAGCCUACAAGUCACUUAUCAACAAAAUGUGUUUCAGCAAUCCUUGACAGAUACCAACGUUGAGCCAGGAAGUUUCGGUAACCUUGUACUUCGAGUCAGCCCCGAGAUAACAGAUGCGGGACAAUGGUUUAAGGACGGAGUAGAACUGUUUGAUAUACCCGGCAAACUGCAAAUUGCGGUUUCUGGUCAAUUACGUCAACUGGUCAUCUUUAGCAUUCGUGUGUCUGAUACUGGGCGAUACAGCUUCAGCCUUCGGGGGCAGACCACUUCAGCCUUCUUAACAGUGGGAGAUGUUGUAGCCGGAGUGUGGGGGGAGUGGACACAGUGGAGUGGUCCCCCCUGCCCUGCCACGUGUGGUCCUACAGCCACGCACGCCGCAAGCAGAAGCAGAUCCUGCUCAUUUGCAAAUUCCUGUGCUGGAGAAGGGAGUCAGAGCGGAAUGAGAUCGUGUGCACCAGCAUGUGGUGCAGUAAACGGGAACUGGGGUGAGUGGACACAGUGGAGUGGUCCCUCCUGUUCUGCUACGUGUGGGCCUACAGCCAGACGCACCCUCUCCAGAUCCAGGACCUGCAAUAACCCAGCUCCAAGGGAUGGCGGCGCCCCCUGUUCUGGAGAAACUACUCAAAGUCAAAACUUAGAGUGUGGGCCGGCUACGUGUGCGCCAAGCAUCUUCAGGGUGGGUCUCUCAGGCGAGAGUCGAGCUGUUGGUGAGCAGGUGCUAUUCCAGGUGGAGUUUAUUCAGUCAACUGCUACAAGUGUUAUAGGCACAUGGAGAAAGAAUGAUGUGGUCAUUGUAAAUGGUGGCAACUAUAUCAUCGCGUCCGCUGGCAGUAGUCAGUACCUGUAUAUAACAAAUCUACAAGUCUCGGACUCUGGGCGGUAUUCCUACACGUAUGAUGGAGAGACGACCGCAGCCCAGUUGACAGUUGGCUCAGGCCCUAUUAACGGCAACUGGGGUGCAUGGGGACAGUGGAGUGGUCCCCCCUGUCCUGCCACGUGUGGUCCUACAGCCAGGCACACCGCCAGCAGAAUCAGAUCCUGUAAUAACCCAGCUCCCAGCAAUGGUGGAGCUACCUGCUCAGGUGAUAGCAGUCAAAGUGGAGAGCAACAAUGUGGGCCAGCUGUCUGUGUUUCCACAUGGAACAACUGGGGCCAGUGGAUCGAUUCCGCUUGUCCUGCAACAUGUGGUGUUGGUGUGACACAGACUGCCACUCGAAGCAGGACCUGCAACCAACAGGCAGGUCAACCGUUCUGUUCUGGUUCAAGCACAGACUCUGAGGUUAGGGUGUGCAGCCUUCCCCUAUGCCCAGUAAACGGGAACUGGGGUGGAUGGUCACAGUGGAGUGGUCCCCCUUGUUCUUCUACAUGUGGUCCUACAGCCAGACGUACACUCAGCAGAACCAGGUUUUGUAAUAACCCAGCUCCCAGCAAUGGUGGAGCUAACUGUCUAGGACAAGCCACUGAGACUAAUGACUUAUCGUGUGGACCGUCAAUUUGUGAAACUGUGACUUCCACUUGGAAUAACUGGGGCCAGUGGAUCGAUUCCAGUUGUCCUGCAACAUGUGGUGUUGGUGUGACACAGACUGCCACUCGAAGCAGGACCUGCAACCAGCCGUCAGGUCAACCUUUCUGUUCUGGUUCUAGCACAGACUCCGAGGUUAGGACGUGCAGCCUGUCCCUGUGCCCAGUAAACGGGAACUGGGGCGUGUGGUCACAGUGGAGUGGUCCCCCUUGUUCUGCUACAUGCGGUCCUACAGCCAGACGUACCCUCAGCAGAACCAGGUUUUGUAAUAACCCAGCUCCCAGCAAUGGUGGAGCUACGUGUCCAGGUCAAGCCACUGAGACUAAUGACUUAUCGUGUGGACCGUCAAUUUGUGUACAAUCAACAUGGAAUAACUGGAGCCAAUGGAUCGAUUCCGCUUGUCCCGCAACAUGUGGUGUUGGUGUGACACAGACUGCCACUCGAAGCAGGACCUGCAACCAGCAGGCAGGUCAACCGUUCUGUUCUGGUUCUAGCACAGACUCUGAGGUCAGGGCGUGCAGCCUGUCUCUGUGUCCAGUAAACGGGAACUGGGCUCAGUGGUCACAGUGGAGUGGUCCCUCCUGUUCUGUCACGUGCGGUCCCACAGCCAGACGCACCAUCACCAGAAGCAGGUCCUGUAGUAACCCACCUCCCAGCAAUGGUGGAGCUAGCUGUCCAGGUCAAGCCGAAGUAACUGAUGCCAUAUCGUGUGGACCGUCAACUUGUGAAACUGUGACUUCCACAUGGAAUAACUGGGGCCAAUGGUUCGAUCCCGGCUGUUCUGCAACAUGUGGUGUUGGUGUGACACGGACUGCCACUCGAAGCAGGACCUGCAACCAGCAGGCAGGUCAACCCUUCUGUUCUGGUUCCAGCACAGACUCUGAGGUUAGGGUGUGCAGCCUUCCCCUGUGCCCAGUUAACGGGAACUGGGGUCAAUGGUCACAGUGGACUGAUCCCUCCUGUCCUGCUACGUGUGGACCUUCAGCCAGACGCACCAUCUCCAGAACCAGGUCCUGUAACAACCCAGCUCCCAGCAAUGGUGGAGUAUUCUGUGCUGGUCUAGCCAGAGAAACACAAGACUUAUCGUGUGGACCGUCAGUUUGUGUACAAUCAACAUGGAAUAACUGGGGCCAGUGGAUCGAUUCUGAUUGCCCCGCAACAUGUGGUGUUGGUGUGACACAGACUGCCACUCGAAGCAGGACCUGCAACCAGCAGGCAGGUCAACCGUUCUGUUCUGGUUCUAGCACAGACUCCGAGGUUAGGGCGUGCAGCCUGUCCCUGUGCCCAGUAAACGGGAACUGGGCUCAGUGGUCACAGUGGAGUGGUCCCUCCUGUUCUGUCACGUGCGGUCCCACAGCCAGACGUACCAUCACUAGAAGCAGGUUCUGUAGUGAUCCACCUCCCAGCAAUGGUGGAGCUACCUGUCCAGGUCAAGCCGAAGUAACUGAUGCCAUAUCGUGUGGACCGUCAACUUGUGAAACCGUGACUUCCACGUGGAAUAACUGGGGCCAAUGGAUCGAUCCCGGUUGUUCUGCAUCAUGCGGUGCUGAUUUGACACGAACUGCCAGUCGAAGUAGGACCUGCAACCAGCAGGCAGGUCAACCCUUCUGUUCUGGUUCUAGCACAGACUCCGAGGUUAGGGUGUGCAGCCUGCCUCUCUGCCCAGUUAACGGGAACUGGGGUCAGUGGUCACAGUGGAGUGAUCCCUCCUGUCCUGCUACGUGUGGACCUUCAGCCAGACGCACCAUCUCCAGAACCAGGUCCUGUAACAACCCAGCUCCCAGCAAUGGUGGAGUAUUCUGUGCUGGUCUAGCCAGAGAAACACAAGACUUAUCGUGUGGACCGUCAGUUUGUGCAAAUAUAACAAUCGAUGGCGGCUACAGUCAGUGGACUAUGUGGAGCGCUGGUCAGUGUUCAGUGCGUUGUGGAGAUGGGCUGAAGACAGACACACGGACGCGCUCGUGCACUGAACCUACUCCACAGAACGGAGGUCUGCCAUGUGCAGGACCAGCUACAGAGAUUCGAACAGCACCAUGCACAGUGACCUGUGAAGAAUCUGCGUGGAGCACCUGGAUCGGCCCCAGCUGCCCGUCUACUUGUGGCCGUCACGUGACCAUCACCCAGGAACGUUCCAGAACAUGCAGGGUGCUCAACCCGAGUGGCAGCGAUAGCACAUGCGGAGUCUCGCUCCGAGAGACACGGAACUUUACCUGUGUCGACAUUUUAUGCCCAGUUGAUGGCGGCUUUUCUCCGUGGGGCGUGUGGGUGACGUACAACGUCUGCACGGGAACGUGUGAACGUGAGCUGCAGACACUCAUCCGGACCCGUAGCUGCAACAACCCGACCCCCGCCUUCAACGGGAGGAUCUGCCAGGGCGACACUCUCGAGCAAAAGCAGGACUUUUGUGUUGUGCCUGUUAAUUGUACAGGGUCGGCUGUGAACGGGAACUGGGGUGCGUGGACAUCGUGGGGUGGACCCUCCUGUCCUGCAACGUGUGGCCCUACAGCCAGACACACCGUCACCAGAGCCAGGUCCUGUAAUAAUCCACCUCCCAGUAGUGCUGGCGCCACUUGUCCUGGUGACAACAGUGAGAUGCAAAUCCGAGACUGUGGGGCAGCGUCUUUGUGUGAAACAGCCGUUUCUUGGAGCGACUGGGGGCAAUGGGUCGAUCCAGGGUGUGGUGUCACGUGCGGUGUAGGGGUCAAGCGGACGUCCGCUAGAACCAGGACCUGCGACCAGAAGCCAGGUCAACCUACCUGCCCUGGAAACAACACUCAGAGUGAAGUGAAGGCCUGUGACCUUCCUGUUUGUCAAGGUGUAAUCUACAGCUACUGGGGUGAGUGGACACAGUGGAGUAGCCCCCUUUGUUCUGCCUCGUGCGGCCCUGCAGCCAGACACACCGUCAUCAGAACCAGGUUCUGUACAGAAGGUACGGACUGCCCUGGGGAAGGGAGACAAUCUGAGAACAGAUCCUGCGGAAACGAGUGCCCCACAACAGGUGCAGCUACUCAGACUGGAACGAUUCUACUGGCGCUGGUCGGGACUGUGGUCAGCCUGUGUCUGAUGUAACAUCUGCGUCAAGUUGUGGCAAAUGAACAAGAGGAACAAGACAAAGGGGACACGUGCCCCUCUGAUCCUUCAAAUAAUAACAACAGAACGAGUUCCUAAUCAGCAUGUUGAUCUCAAUGAUAUUAUUUACCGUAUCGACUUUGUUCACAAAGUGUAGGUACCUUUGCAUCGUGGCUCGAAUAUAGUGCCAAACAUUUGAUAUUCGGGUGAAGAUAAGGGUUGGGGGCGUCAUGGGCUGCGCAUUACACCUUGGUGUAUCCUUCCAACCAUUAAAGACGUUCCACAAACAUUAACACAUAUAACGCAUGAACAAUAAAUGGACAACCUGCACGGAAAAAUAGUGAUACUUUAGUUAACAGAAUCUGUACAUUUUAACUGCAGCUUUAUAUAAACAUUCAUUGUACAUAUAACAGAGGCUCGUCCAUGCCGUGUCACAUCUGAUGUAUAUUCAUCGCGAGAAGUUUUAAGUGUUUAAAUUCAGACAAUAUGUUAUUCUACAACAACUUUUUAUAAGGUCGUGACGUUCACUAGCCUGCUCACGCCAUCAGGUCUCGUCCAGGAUCCGGAGACCAGGAUCCGGUGAUCGGUCUCCGUCUAGACGUGUUGAUCAGUGUUGGGGGUGACUUUGCGACCCGCUCUGUGUAUGUUAGGGAGACGUUGGCAGCAGGAUUGACGUACAUGAGACCAUAGGUUUUAGCAGACAUGUCGUGUAACCAGUGUCAGCUUUAAAAGAUGGGUAUGGUCCAUAUCAAUUCAUCUUUAUCAACUUCAACUGUUCAUUUCGAAGUAGCUAUUAUCCAUCAAAUAACCUUUGUGUUACUUCAAAUAUGCAAGAGGUGUAAACAUCAACGUUUGCUUCCAAUUUUCGUGACGUGACAAACACCAUCGUCCCUCUUUUCACCAAAGUGUAAGUGACGCCAGCGAGCUGCCUGAAGUUAGUUUCCCUGUGGGGUGAUCAUGGACUGGUAUUCCCGGGAAGAAUUAACAUGCAAGCGGUACUGCACCACUCGCCCCAUUCCGUUAUAUUCAUGAAUGAUACGAAAGUCUACAAUGUUUAUACACACCCUUGAAGGUCAGCGUUAGAAUAGGUCUUCCGCAACUAUGCUUGUCGUAAGAGGCCACAAACGAGACCGGGUGGUCAGGCUCGCUGACGUGAUUGAUGCAUGUCGUCGAUCCCAAUUGCGGAGAUCGAUGUUCAUGACGUCAAUCACAUGGAUUGUUUGGUCCAGACUCGAAUAUUUACAGAAUGCCGCCAUGUUGCUGGAAUAUUACUGAGAGUGACGUUAAACAAAAACAAACAAACUUACCUCAUGAAAUAGGGAUUAUUCCGCCGUUUACUGCCAGUAACAUGGCGGUCAUUUGAAACAUAAGACGUUAUCUCACGCUUUUUUAAAUAAAACAUCAAACUUAUUAAAAUGACGAGCCUUUAUGCUUUAUCACCAUGGCAUUAGACCUCGGAAAUAUGGCGAAAGAGGUUCCAGUAUAUUCUUAAGAGACAAUAUUAAUUUUCACAAUAGGGAAAUUUGACGCUAUUGCGAUAAACAUAGCAUUAGUUCAUUCACAAGACAUUUUCACUCUUGUGAAUGUGGUCAUUAUAUUUUAUAUCACUGCAUACUAAUACUCCAUCAAGGUAUGAGUGAGUGAGUGAGUGAGUGAGUUUGGUGCAAAGCCAAUUUUAACAGUAUUCUAGUUAUAUCACGGCUGGUGAGCUUAAAGUGGGAGCAAAGCCCAACGUGAUACUGGUCUCAGUCGUUUACCAACCUUGCACAGCCUUAGACGACAAAAACCAGCGGGCUCCCUAAGGGUAUGACAACAUUAGAAUAGCUGCAGCAAUAGUUAGUUAGUAUGAGGCAGUAGCAGAAAAUGCUGAAAGCUUAUAUAUGUACGUAUAUGUAGUAGCAUUUACUUUUUAUAAUACUUCGUCGGUACACUAAAUCAAUAUUUAUCUACCUGGUGCUUUUGUGUGUGUGUGUGUGUGUGUGUGUGUGUGCGUGCGUGCGUGCGUGAGUGCGUGCGUUCGUGGGUGCGUGCGUGCGGGGAUGUGUGAAAGAACAUAUACAUAUUUGUAUCAAUAUCAAUGUGUGAAUAAACUAUUUUGCUGAUUAUAUACACAUGGAUCGUGCCAUAAUACUCUUGAUUAUAUAUCGAUAUUUUCAAUAUUCAUUUCUUUCAUUACCCGCAGCAUAUGCUUCAUAUGAAUAGAUACAUAUAUACUAUCAAGUCAUCAGUAUUCUGAUUGUCGCUCCUUCUCUACUGAUGAGGACGUUUGUUUCCUGGCCCCCCUUACUCUGUUGUGUAUCAUUGUUUCAUACUCUUUUAAUAAAGAACAUGUGUGUA